AUUUAUAUGUGUGUGUGCGUGUCUCUAUCCAACGGUUAGUGGUUGACCGGCCAGCUAUGCACUCACUCGUAAUCUGGUAAAUCGUUGUGUUAUAUCGAAGAUUUAUGUAUACAAAAUAAUAUAACUUAAAUAACAUCAGAAGAAAUACAGUAAACGGUGAAAAUGUCGUGGGCGUGCAAUCCAGCUGUGACGUCAAUGAUAGUGGACAGCUACCAGGUAGCUGGGCCAUUAUUUGUGCAAACCCUACAGACUUUGUUCGCAGCCCAAUGUGCUCUAACAAGUGAUCAUCUAUGGCCAGAUGACGCUACGAAAUCAGUCCUUCAAGAUCCAAACUACGACUUUAUAGUAGUAGGCGCUGGUUCUGCGGGCGCAGUGGUCGCCAACAGGUUAAGUGAAGUGCCCGAUUGGAAAGUACUACUCGUUGAAGCUGGAGGCAACCCCGGGUUAACUACUGAAGUUCCGCAACUAUUCUACAGUAAUAUGGGCACUUCGUUUGAUUGGGGCUAUAAAACGCAGCCUCAGAAUGCUUGUAAAAGCUAUACAGCGAAGGGCUGUGCUUGGCCUCGAGGUAAAGUGUUAGGAGGAAGCAGUAGCAUAAACGGCAUGUUCUACGUCAGAGCCAACAAGGCAGACUAUGAUGAGUGGGCAGCCGACGGCAACUAUGGAUGGAGCUACGAUGAAAUAUUACCGUAUUUCAUGAAAAGCGAAAAUUUCACUGGAGAAUUCACUGAAGAACGAAGCAAAUAUCAUGCUCGCGAUGGUCCAAUUCAUAUUGUCGAAGCUACAGAACCAAAUCCAUUCGAACAACUUACUAUAAAAGCUGCUGUAGAACUUGGACUGAAGAAUUUAAGUGAUAUUAACGGUGCUGAUCAAAUGGGUAUAACAGCAUGUCAGUCUAAUAUUAAAGACAAUUAUAGAUACAGCACCGCAAGAGCCUUUUUGACCACUGUUAAGGACAGGAAAAAUCUACAUGUGAUGAAAAAUGCUCUUGUUACUAAAGUUUUGUUCCACCCAGGCACGAAAUCAGUUAAAGGUAUACAGAUUAGUAAAAAUGGACAAGACAUUAUUGUAAACGCUAAGAAAGAGGUGAUAUUAUCAGGUGGAGCCAUCAAUUCUCCACAAAUUUUAAUGCUGUCAGGUAUUGGACCGAAACAACAUUUAGAAGAUAUGGAUAUAGAAGUUAUUGAAGACUUACCUGUGGGUGAAAAUUUACAAGACCAUGUGUUUUCUCCCAUACUCUAUGCGAUGGAAGCUGAUGAGAAUUUAACUUCAAUUGAUGCUAUUUCUUCUGCAUUUGUACAGUAUAUUUUGAAAGGAACAGGACUAUUAAAGAAUACUAGCCCACAUAGGAUUAUCAGCUUCAUAAACACCACCCAUCCUGAUUCUUCAAUGCCGGAUAUUCAACAUCAUCAUUUAGUUUUACCACCGAGUAUCUCAAAUAUGAUUGACGUUUUUGAGAAGCACGGUUUAAACGAUAAUGUUUAUCAACAAUUUUCAGAGCUAAACAAGAACCAUCUUGUGAUGCUUGUGUUCAACAUUGUGUUACGUCCAAAAUCGAAGGGAAAAAUUCUUUUAAACAGCAAGAAUCCUCAUGAAUACCCACUGAUACACGCAAACUACUUCGAUGACCCAGAAGAUAUAAAGACUAUAAUAAGAUCAAUGAGGCAAUAUGCAUUGAGAUUAGGUGAAACUAAGACGUUUGAGGCAUCUGGAUUGAAAUUGAAAUGGCUUAAGAUCGAAUCGUGCGAAGCAUUUGAGAAACUAAGUGAUGAAUAUUUGGAAUGUAUAGCGAGGGAGCUUACGUUUUCUCUGUACCACCCGACGAGUACUGUGAAAAUGGGACCUAAGACUGACAAGGCGGCUGUGGUAGACCCAGAGUUGAGGGUGCACAAUGUGAAAGGCCUGAGAGUGAUAGACGCCAGUAUAAUGCCCGAUGUCGUUCGAGGCAACACUAAUGCGCCCACAAUUAUGAUUGCUGAGAAAGGAUCUGAUUUAAUCAAAGAAGCAUGGCUGAGCAAACACACUGAACUUUGAUGCGUGUUUUGAGUGUACCAAGUCAUAGCAGUACGCAAUAAAUUGUGAUAAGUGUUUCAUGUAAAUAAUAAAAUAUUUUUUUAAUGC